AUGUCCAGUGCUGACGCUUCCAAUAGCAAUAAUACAAGCAAAACAGAUGAAUAUAUUAAACUUAGGGUUGUUGGUCAAGACAAUAGUGAAGUACAUUUCAAGGUAAAAAUGACGACAUCAAUGGGAAAAUUGAAAAAAUCAUAUGCUGAACGUCAAGGCGUUGCGGUUGGUAGUUUGCGGUUUUUAUUUGACGGUAAACGUAUAAAUGAUGAUGAAACACCGAAACUUCUAGAAAUGGAAGAUAAUGAUACCAUUGAUGUAUAUCAAGAACAAGUUGGUGGCUCAUGUUAA